CCGCUCGCAUCCGCCUUGCAGCCGGGGAGCCGCCUCAGGCGCGGGGAGGCAAGGUUGUGAAAGCUUUAGGAAGUUUUGUUGUAAGCCAUCCAUGGAGGCCAGCAGGUGUCAACUUUUGUGUGCAUCAUCAGACUUGCAGCUUGCAUUUAUAGAGGGCCAAAUUUUGUGACGUGUGUUGAAGAGAAUGAUGGUACAGAAGCUGGAUGGGGAGAAAACUUGGAUCUUCAGAGUUCUGUUGACAAAUAAAAAGUAUCACUACUCUUAAGUUCCAAGCAAAAUUACAAAGCUUGCAGAUCAGAGCAAAUUAAGUCAUUAAUACAUAAGGCAUUUGUUUAGUAGCUUCACAAGAAAUGGGGAUGAGGAAAGUUAUGUAGUAAAUGAACCAAGCAUAUAUUUUGGGUUUGUGUAGGCUGUUUGAACGAAAAGCUUGAAGUUGCAGUUAACAAUCUUGGACAUGAGUUAAUAUCGGUGUAUUUUUACUUGGAAAAUGGAGUGGAUUCAGAGUGCUGGUAUGGUGUGUCUGACUGAGUUUCAAUGCAAACUUAGAAUCAUCACAGAAUCACUUUAGAUUCUGGUGGAAAAUAAAUUAAAAUUGAAUGGAAGUUAACCACUGUUCUCUCUCUUUUUUUUUUUUUUUUUUUUUUUGUGUGUGUCGAAGCAGCCAGAAGGAAAGAUACCCAUUUUCUAGCUUUUCUGCUUUUUUUUGUAACAUAUUCCCAGACUAAUUGUUUUUUUUUUUUUUUUUCCUCUUAACUGUACACCAUAAAGUAUUACUUAGAGAUUGUUAAAUGCUAAAAUACUGACAUGUGAGGUGGACUUUUUUAUUAUUUUGCACAGAUGGAGGGGAAAAGGACACAAUCAAAUUACGAAGCUUCAGGUAUGGCUCCAAUUGAAGAAGAGUGUUUUACUGACUCAGUGGAAGCUAAGCAAUUGGCAUCCAAAGCUAACAGGGCGAAGAUAAGAUAUGCUAAUACAUACAGACUGGAGUCACAUAAUAAAUUUCGAGAUUAUUUAGUAAGAGACAAAGCUCAAGAGAUACUAACGAAUAAACUCCAGCAAGCCAAAUAUGAUCGAGAUUCUAGUCCCUCCUUGUGUGUUUCACUCGCAGAUGAAAUAUUAAAGGCUGUGAAGGAAUUCAACUUUGACCGUUAUAAGUACGUGGUAUUAGUACAGAUUGUGGAAAAGACAGGUCAGGCAAUAAAUGUUGCCAGCAGAUGUGUCUGGGAUGAUCAGAGAGACACUUGGGUUUCAGCAAAAUGUGAAACUGAAACAUUUAUUGCACUGGCUUUGGUAAUGGCUUGUUACUACGAUUAAUACUCUAAAAGCCACACCUGGUUUUGUGUAUCACAGUACCUGCCAUAUUUGAAAAAUUUCAGAAUGUCAUUAUUUUAGUACCAAUUUUUGUCCUAGUGCUGUUGGCCCAUAUAGUUGAGAUUACUUUGCUCAUUUUUCUCUGUUCAAAAAAAAAAAAAAAAAAAAAACAAAAAAACAAGAAAAGCUUUUGAAAUGUGUAUGGUUGAGUACAUAUGGGCUUCAUCUGUCGUAAUGCUCUGCUGUGGAAGUUGAAGCAGCUGGUGUAAGGCCAAACUUUGCAAAAUUUUGAAUGUUCUUGUCUGUUGCAUGCCUAGAGUUGUUAACGAACGUUUACAAUAAAUUGCAGGUAUUGGUCUUCUUAAAA